AUGAAAGUCGUCAUCCAAAGAGUCAAAUCAGCCUCCGUGUCCGUUGAUUCCGAGUUGGUCUCGUCCAUUGGCAAAGGUCUUCUUGUAUUUGCCGGCAUUGGGAAAGAGGAUACCGAGAAAGAUGCAGAGAAUUUGGUGAAUAAGAUUCUAAAGGCCAAGUUCUGGCCCGACGACAAUGACGUACAAUGGAAGAAAAGUGUCAAGGAUAUUGAGGGAGAAGUCCUAUGUGUCUCCCAAUUCACCCUCUAUGCAAAAAUGAAGAAAGGCAACAAACCCGACUUCCACGAUGCAGCCAGCCCCGAUACUGCGCGCAGAAUCUAUGACUUCUUCUACAAGAAGAUGGGCGAAGGCUAUGCCCCCGACCGCAUCAAGAAUGGUGUCUUCCAGGCCAUGAUGGAUGUCGAAUUGAAGAACGACGGGCCGGUGGGUGUAGACUACUGCAGCGAAGACGCGGCGGUCACCAUUGAGAUCAACACCAAUCUCCCCAAAAAGGAACCCAAGGAACCCAAGGAGGGAGACAAAAAGUCUGACGAACAGGAUAUCAAGGGAUCAUUUGAAUUUCAAAUACCGCCUGAAUUGUUGCAAUGA